AUGGACUGUGGGCCACCUGCCACCCUCCAGCCCCACCUGGCCAGGCCACGUGGCGCUGCCCACCGCCCAGUAGCCGUGUGCCAACAGGAGAGUCUGUCCUUUGCAGAGUUGCCCACGCUGCAGCCCCCGAGCCCUGUGUGUCUGGAUCUCUUCCCUGUCGGCCCAGAGGAGCUGCAGGCUCCUGGCAGCCGCUGGUCCCUGGGGACCCCUGCUCCUCUCCAAGGGCUGCUAUGGCCACCAUCCCCAGGAGUCUCAGACACCGAGAUCUCCACCAGUGGGGGGAUGCGGCCCAGCAGGGCUGGCAGCUGGCCGCACUGUCCUAGUGCCCAGCCCCUGGCUCUGGAGGGACCCUGGAGUCCCCAGCACCCACAGCCACAGCGCCGGGCCAGCCACGGCUCAGAGAAGAAGUCAGCCUGGCGCAAGAUGCGGGUGUACCAGCGUGAAGAGCUCCCUGGCAGCCCCGAGGCCCAUGCUGUCUUCCUGGAGCCUGGCCAGGCAGCAGAGCAAGCCCUGAGCACAGAGGAUCCUCGGCCGCUGGAGCUGUCCGGGCCCUCCCGCUUAGGCCUGGAGGGGCCUGAGCGGAGGCGCUUCUCCGCCUCUGAGCUGAUGACCCGCCUGCACUCCUCCCUGCGCCUGGGGCGGAAUUCCGCAGCCAGAGUGUUGACCCCAGGGUCAGGCGCUGGAGCAGCUCGGGAAGGGAAAGCGUCGGGAAGGGAGUCGCGCAGUGUAGAGAUGAGGGUGGACGGUAUGGCGAUGCCAGCCCCUGUUGACCUGAGCGGGGGCCAGAGCGGCUGGCCCGAGCCCAGGCUGGACGCGCAGGAAGAGCUGGCUCUGGGUCCCAGGAGCGCCAGCGAGCGGCGCCAGUCACGGUUUCUCCUAAACACGGUCCUCUACCAGGAAUACAGCGACGUGGCCAGCGCCCGCGAACUGCGGCGGCAGCAGCGCGAGGAGGAGGGCCCGGGGGACGAGGCGGAGGGCGCGGAGGAGGGGCCCGGGCCGCCGCGCGCCAACCUCUCCCCGAGCAGCUCCUUCCGGGCGCAGCGCUCGGCGCGAGGCUCCACCUUCUCGCUGUGGCAGGACAUCCCCGACGUGCGCGGCAGCGGCGUCCUGGCCACGCUGAGCCUGCGCGACUGCAAGCUGCAGGAGGCCAAGUUUGAGCUGAUCACGUCCGAGGCCUCAUACAUCCACAGCCUGUCGGUGGCCGUGGGCCACUUCUUAGGCUCUGCUGAGCUGAGCGAAUGUCUAGGGGUGCAGGACAAGCAGUGGCUGUUCUCCAAACUGCCCGAGGUCAAGAGCACCAGCGAGAGGUUCCUGCAGGACCUGGAGCAGCGGCUAGAGGCAGAUGUCCUGCGCUUCAGCGUGUGCGACAUUGUGUUACAGCACUGCCCCGCCUUCCGCCGGGUCUACCUGCCCUACGUCACCAACCAGGCCUACCAGGAGCGCACCUACCAGCGCCUGCUCCUGGAGAAUCCCAAGUUCCCUGGCAUACUGGCUCGCCUGGAGGAGUCUCCCGUAUGCCAGCGCCUGCCCCUCACCUCCUUCCUUAUCCUGCCGUUUCAGAGGAUCACCCGCCUCAAGAUGCUGGUGGAGAACAUCCUGAAGAGGACAGCACAGGGCUCAGAAGAUGAAGAUGUGGCCACCAAGGCCUUCAAUGCGCUCAAGGAGCUGGUGCAAGAGUGCAAUGCCAGUGUGCAGUCCAUGAAGAGAACAGAGGAGCUCAUCCACCUGAGCAAGAAGAUCCACUUCGAGGGCAAGAUCUUCCCACUAAUCUCUCAGGCCCGCUGGCUGGUUCGGCACGGGGAGCUGGUGGAGCUGGCACCACUGCCCGCGGCGCCCCCUGCCAAGCUGAAGCUGUCCAGUAAGGCAGUCUACCUGCACCUCUUCAAUGACUGCUUGCUGCUCUCCCGGCGGAAGGAGCUAGGGAAGUUCGCAGUUUUCCUCCACGCCAAGAUGGCCGAGCUCCAGGUGAAGGAUCUGAGCCUGAAGCUGCAGGGCAUCCCCGGCCACGUGUUCCUUCUGCAGCUCCUCCACGGGCCACACGCGAAGCACCAGUUCCUGCUGAGAGCCCGGACGGAAAGUGAGAAGCGGCGAUGGAUCUCGGCCAUGUGCCCCUCCAGCUCCCAGGAGGACAAGGAGGUCUUCAGCGAAGGCCAAGACCGCCCCCAGGUCCAGUGUGUCAGGACAUACAAGGCACUGCAGCCCGAUGAGCUGACCCUGGAGAAGACUGACAUCCUGGCAGUGAGGACCCAAACCAGUGAUGGCUGGCUGGAGGGGGUCCGCCUGGCAGAUGGUGAGAAGGGGUGGGUGCCCCAGGCCUACGUGGAAGAGAUCAGCAGCCUCAGUGCCCGUCUUCGAAACCUCCGGGAAAACAAGCGGGUCACAAAUGCCACCAGCAAAGUGGGGGAGCCCCCCGCGUGACGGGCAGCUGUGGCCUGGGACGCCGGCUCCAUGCCCAGCUGCUGGACGGGUGUGGAGGGGCCUGCCGUGCCCCGUGCCCCAGGCCAUCGCUGCCAUGCCAUGGCCUGGCAUCAGGAGCUCAGCCUGUCUUCGCGGUCCUCAAAGUCCACGCUUCGGGACACACGCCACUCCCUUCCUCUGGCAUGGGGACUGCACAGGGGACCCGCGAUAUCUGGCAAGGACUGGGGCCCACUCCCUUCACCCUGCCGGACUCUUGGUCCCUCUGGCAGGGGCCUGGCUGGGGACAGCUCCGGUGCUGUUGGGUGCUGGGACUUGUGUACAUAUCUGUAUCCACAUCUAUAUCUGUAUCUGGGGUCUUCGGGCCACAGCCUGCAUGGGCCCUGGUUGCUGUGACUUUUCUGUAA